AUGCUCGACAUCAACCCACCGCAGACGGUAUUCCAGACCUACGACCUACCGACCUAUCUCAGCGCAUCUCGUCACAAAGCGCAGCCAUUCUGUGGCAAUGCGGAGGGAUGGGGUCCGUUGAGUCCCCAUAGAUGGGACUUCACACCAUGUUUCCUGGACAUAUGGAUAGCAGUUGUAUCGGUAUUUGGCAUAUUGGGUGGCGCUGGGGCGAUAUACUACCUCCUGCGGUACUGCAAGCCAGCUGCCGUUGAGAAGAAUUGGCACUUCUAUACCAAGCUGGCUGUUAUCGCAGCGUUGGUGGCAACGACGACGACACAAGCUGCACUCCAAGUUGAGCAUUUUGGUGGCACUUUAUGGUUACGGGACUUUCGGUUCUGGACUACUAUUCUGAACCUGCUGAGCUUGGGUGUCGUCUUCUACAUCCAGUACAUCGAGCAUUGGCGAUCAAGAAUACCCAAUUCUGUCGUUCUGCUCUACUGGCUCUUCUUGCUUAUCGCUUAUGCUGUCAAGCUACGGUCGCUGGUGUCUCAGAAGCUGUAUGAACAUUAUGUGCCGUACUUUGCCAUAUUCACUGCCAACGUCGGGCUAUCAUUCGCUGAACUCGUCCUGGAAUGGUUGGUGCCAAAGAAGCUCUCGGCAUAUGAGGCUCUCGGCGACGAAGAUGAGUGUCCAGUCGAAUAUGCCAACAUCUUUUCUGCUUUGACCUUCGGUUGGAUGACUCCAAUGAUGCGAUAUGGCUACAAGGAGUUUUUGACGCAGGACGACCUGUGGAACCUGCGACCUAGUGACACAACACGCAACACCAGUGCUACAUUCGAGGAGUCAUGGGCAUACGAACUCGAGAAGAAAAAACCAAGUUUAUGGAUCGCCAUGUUCCGGUCAUUCGGUGGACCGUACUUCUGGGGCGCGGUGAUUAAGACUGGUUCAGACACUCUAGCCUUCGUGCAACCUCAGCUCCUCCGCUUCCUGAUCUCCUUCGUCGACUCGUACAAACCUGGCAAUACGCCACAGCCAGCUAGCAAGGGCGCCGCAAUUGCUCUUGCAAUGUUUGCUGUGUCGGUCGGACAAACCGCAUGUCUGCAUCAAUACUUCCAAAGGUCGUUCGAGACAGGCAUGCGCAUCAAGAGCUCUCUCACAGCGGCCAUCUAUCAGAAGAGCUUACGGCUCAGCAACGAAGGACGAGCUGCGAGGAGCACAGGCGAUAUCGUGAACUACAUGGCCGUCGACACGCAGAGAUUACAAGACCUUGCGCAAUACGGCCAACAGCUGUGGAGUGCCCCUUUCCAGAUCACGCUAUGUCUACUGUCAUUGUAUCAGCUACUCGGCGUCAGCAUGUUCGCUGGUCUUGGCGCUAUGCUUCUCAUGAUUCCUGUCAAUGGCGUGAUCGCGCGUAUCUCGAAGACUCUGCAGAAGCGCCAGAUGAAAAACAAGGACGCCAGGACUCGUCUUAUGACCGAGAUUCUGAACAACAUGAAGUCUAUCAAGCUUUAUGCUUGGACGACCGCCUUCAUGAACAAGCUCAGCUUCAUACGAAACGAUCAGGAAUUGCACACUCUUCGCAAAAUUGGUGCUGUGACCGCUGUUGCCAAUUUCACUUGGUCUACUACGCCCUUCCUGGUGUCAUGCUCGACUUUCGCUGUAUUCGUUACAACGCAGAAUACGCCGCUCAGCACCGAGAUUGUCUUCCCGGCGUUAACAUUGUUCAACUUGCUCACUUUCCCGCUUGCAGUACUGCCAAUGGUGAUCACGGCCAUUAUUGAGGCAAGCGUGGCAGUCGGCAGAUUGACGGACUUUUUUGUUUCAGAUGAGCUUCAGCCGGACGCCGUACUUCGUAGCGAGGCUGUGGGUGCUGGCGAGGAAGCCGUGCGCAUUCGCGAUGCGACUUUCACCUGGAACAAGGACGACGAUCGCAAUGUAUUGCACGACAUCAACUUCUCGGCCCACAAGGGCGAGCUCUCCUGCGUUGUUGGCAGAGUCGGCUCUGGCAAGUCGAGCAUACUACAGACCAUGCUCGGCGAUCUUUACAAGAUCAAGGGAGAAGUGGUCAUGCGCGGCACUUCGGCUUACGUUGCUCAAAGCUCCUGGGUCAUGAAUGCGAGUGUGCGCGAGAAUAUCGUUUUUGGCUACAAGUGGGAUCCGGCGUUUUAUGAUCGUACUUUCAAGGCCUGUGCACUCACCGAAGACUUCGCAACUUUACCAGACGGUGAUCAGACUGAGGUGGGUGAGCGUGGCAUCAGCUUGUCUGGAGGCCAAAAGGCACGUCUCACGCUAGCACGAGCUGUCUACGCUCGUGCAGAUAUUUACCUGCUAGACGAUGUGCUUUCAGCGGUCGACCAGCAUGUUGGCCGGCAUCUCAUUGACAAUGUGCUUGGCCCAGGAGGUUUACUGGGUGGCAAGUGCCGCAUCCUUGCUACAAAUUCCAUCCCCGUGCUUAUGGAGGCUAACUAUAUCUUCCUUAUUCGCGAUGGCCGCAUACUCGAGCGAGGCACAUACGAACAGCUCAUGGCUAUGAAGGGUGAAAUCUCGCAGCUGAUCAAGACCGCGAGCAGCGAGGACCAGAGCCAAGUUGAAAGCGAAGAGUCCAGCAGCAAAAGUCCUGCUAGCGAAGCCGACACUGUGUACGAUGAUCCAGAUGAGGCUGAAGAGGCUCAAGAAGGUUUGACACAGCUCGCACCUAUCAAAGCUGCUGGUGGCGGUUCUGCUCGGAAGAGCUUCGCCCGGACCUCAAGUCACAACACGCUGCGAAGAGCGAGUACCGCUUCGUUCAGGGGUCCACGAGGCAAAUUGACAGACGAAGAAGAGGCUAAGAACAACAACAAGAAGACAAGCCAGACCCGAGAGUACUCCGAGAAGGGUCAGGUGAAACGUGAUGUCUACCUGGAGUACGCCAAAGAGAGCAACCUGGGUGCUGUCGCAGUCUACCUCGUCAUGUUGAUUGGCGCUCAGACCGCUUCGAUAGGGGCAAAUGUAUGGCUGAAGAAUUGGUCUGAGGUCAACAGCGACUUUGGUGGCAAUCCGAACGUUGCAAGAUAUCUUGGCGUCUACUUUGCCUUCGGCGUGGGCGGUUCCGCGCUCGUCGUUGUUCAAACCCUGAUCCUGUGGAUCUUCUGUUCGAUCGAGGCCAGCCGCAAGCUUCACGAACGCAUGGCAUAUGCGAUAUUCCGAUCGCCCAUGAGCUUCUUCGAAACGACUCCCACGGGCCGUAUAUUGAAUCGAUUCUCAAGUGACAUCUACAAGAUCGAUGAAGUGCUCGCGCGUACUUUCAACAUGCUGUUCACGAAUGCAGCUAGAGCCGCCUUCACUCUAAUGGUCAUCUCUACGUCUACACCAAUCUUCGUUGCCCUGAUUGUGCCGCUUGGCGGCCUCUACAUGUGGAUCCAGAAAUACUACCUCCGCACUUCCCGCGAACUAAAACGUCUUGACAGCGUCAGCCGCAGUCCGAUCUAUGCCCAUUUCCAGGAAUCUUUGAGCGGCAUCAGCACAAUCCGCGCGUACCGCCAAACCAAACGUUUCGCACUGGAGAAUGAAUGGCGCAUCGACGCAAAUUUGAGGGCCUACUUUCCAUCAAUCAGCGCCAACAGAUGGCUUGCAGUUCGGUUGGAGUUCCUCGGCUCAGUCGUCAUUCUGUCUGCGGCUAGCUUUGCUACCGUUUCGGUGUCUACCGGAAGCGGUCUAUCUGCCGGUUUGGUUGGUUUGUCGAUGAGCUAUGCCUUGCAAAUCACUCAGUCCUUGAAUUGGAUCGUAAGGCAGACGGUCGAAGUUGAGACUAACAUAGUCUCGGUCGAGCGUGUGCUGGAGUACGCUCGCUUGCCAAGCGAGGCACCAGAGAUCAUCUCCAAGCACAGGCCACCGGUUAGCUGGCCUUCCAAGGGCGCAGUGUCAUUCAAUGGCUACAGCACCAGAUAUCGGCCUGAGCUGGAUCUCGUGUUGAAGAAUGUCAACCUCAGCAUCAAGUCACAUGAAAAGAUCGGUGUGGUUGGGCGGACUGGCGCAGGCAAAAGUUCGCUUACACUGGCCCUGUUCCGCAUCAUUGAGGCCAGCGACGGGGACGUGACCAUCGAUGAUCUCAGCACAAGUUCUAUUGGCUUACUAGAUCUGCGGCGCCGGUUAGCCAUUAUUCCGCAGGAUGCUGCGCUGUUUGAAGGCACGGUGAGAGACAACCUCGACCCUGGACAUGUUCACGACGAUACAGAGCUUUGGAGUGUGCUCGACCAUGCACGACUGCGGGAUCAUGUCGCUUCGAUGACUGGUCAGCUCGACGCCACCAUACACGAAGGUGGCUCGAAUCUGAGCCAAGGCCAGAGACAAUUGAUCUCGCUUGCACGAGCUCUCCUAACUCCAAGCAACAUCUUAGUUUUGGAUGAAGCGACUGCCGCUGUAGAUGUUGAGACCGACGCAAUGCUGCAAACGACAUUGCGCAGCAACAUGUUCAAGGAUCGCACGAUAAUUACUAUUGCGCAUCGUAUCAACACGAUUCUUGACAGCGACCGCAUCGUUGUCCUCGAUCACGGCGAAGUCAAGGAGUUUGACUCUCCAGGAGAGCUGGUCAGGCGUAAAGGCUUGUUCUACGAGCUUGUCCGAGAAUCUGGGUUGCUGGGUCAAGUUGAAAGUGCAGAUGGGUCUCGUUGA